CCCUCCCCCUCCCUCCGGGCCGGCCGGGCGGGCGGGGUCUGCACAUCUGGCGCGCGGCGAGCGCCAUCUAGGCGCCGGCCCCGCGGUGCCCGGGCUGGAGAGGGGACGGGAUGUCCCUUUGCCUUCGGGAAGGAGGGACUCGCGGUGGGCAGGAGCAGCCCCCGUCCGAGACCGGAAGGAGGAGGCAGAAACAUCUCCUUUUCUUUAACCCUUCCGGGCUCUGCGUGGGUUUUGCCUUCUAGGGCCCCUCCCCCGAGGGCUGCUGGGAUUGGCCAGAACCCUGCCGGAUCACAAAGCACCCAAGGUCCGGCCCACAGCCAGCCACUGAGGCUGGUGGGUUCAGCUGCAGGGCCAGUAUGGCUGCGGGAUGAUGAGAGAGACAUCUAGGAAGGCGAUCAGGAGAGCAAAGGACCAGAGACAAGAUGAUCUAGGUCUCAGGGCCCAGCUGACCUGCUCAGGGACCAACACAAUCCAGCAAGCAACACAGCUCCUGGUCAUGAACCACCUGUCACCAAGUGGGAAUUUCUCCCUCCAGCCCCAGCUCACGCCUAAUCUCCAAGACAGCACUGUGGGAAAACCAGCUCCACAGCCGCAGCAGGUGGCCCCCAGCUCCCAGGAGCCUGGGCCCCAGCAGCCAGCGCCCCACCGUGUGCCGCGCCUGUGGGCGGUGGUGGAGAGCCAGGCCUUCCAGAACAUCCUGGUGGAUGAGAUGGACAUGAUGCACGCACGGGCGGCCACCCUCAUCCAGGCCAACUGGAGGGGCCACCGGCUCCAACAGAAGCUCAUGUCCCAGAUGACGGCGGCCAGGGCCAUCCAGGAGGCCUGGCGGCGCUUCAGCACCCGGCGCCUCUGGCGCUCCAGCAAGCUGAUGGUGAGGACGCAGGCGGAGGAGGGCAACAUCCCCUACCACCCGCCACAGCAGGUGCGCUUCCAGCCCCAGCCCACCGUGGUGAACAGAGAGAUGCAGGCCCCUUGUGCCCCUGUGGCAGCCGUCCUGCCCCACCAGGCCACAGCCCACAGCCUUCCAUCCUUGGGGAGCCUAGAUCCCAAAUGCCAGCCGGGCCUGGUGACGAUGGCAGGCAGGAGCCCUCACCUUGCCAGCAGCCAUGUGGGGGUGGACACAGGGAAGUGCAGGUAUGUGACUUCCAGAGGCACCGAAGCGGGGCCCCUGGAGCCACCGCCAUCCGGGAGGUACAGCCAGGCAAUGUCGGGACCACGCGGGACCCAGGCCCAUGUGGAAGCAGAGCCCCUCCGAACUCCAUCCCAGACCUACCGCGUGGCUGCGGCGACCAGGACCCCGGCCCAGAGGCAGCCAGCACCUGCAGUGACCAAGGCCCACGCCCAGGUACGGCCAACACCUUUGCUGGCCAGUGCUGUGCCGCAGUCGUGCCCCACAGCCCCCGUGACCCGGGCUCCACCUCAGCCAGGUGCAGUGACCGUGGCGACAAAGACCUCAGCUCAGAUGCUCCCGGCGACCGCCCCAGUCAGAAGCCCGCUGCAAACCGCUCAGCCAGCCACUGUGUGCAAAGCCCCGUCCCAGCUGGGCCCCUCGACCUCCACGACCAAGCCCCCGGCCCAGAUGCGCCUCCCGGGCAUCAUAACCAGGACUCCAGCCCACAUCCGGUCCGUCACUGCCGUCCUCAAGAUGCUUUGCCUGACGCUCCCGGCUGCUGGAAACCCCAGGGCUGCACCCCCAGCCGCAGGACAGGCUGGGAUCCCCAGCAGCUCAUCCAGCCUGCAUCCGGACGCAGCGAGGACCAGGGGCCCCGCAAACACAGGGCAGGUGGCAGCAGGGACAGGGAAAGUCUCAGACCUUCGCUGUGGGGCGGAAGGGAGAGUCGGGGGCGUCCCCCAGCCCCGUCUGGAAACUGGGGCUCCCAGGGCUCCAACAAAGGAACCUUUCCAAGCCGAGAAAACCCACACUGGCGUCCAGAAGCUGGCGACCAAGGAAACGGGGUCUAAGACCAACGUGGCAACGCAAGCGACCAGGGCGUUACCGUGGGCCGGAGUCAGCGAGGCCCAGAAGCAGCCGUUGUCACAGACUCACCUGAGGACGGAAGCUCUCGAGGCCCAGUCCCAGGUGUACAUGCCCAUCCAGGUGGCAGUGGCCCUGCCGCAGGCUCAGGUGGCUGCUGUGCUGGCCAAGGCCCUGGGGCAGCCGGCCAAGGUGCCGUCCCAGGCACAUCUGUGCAAGGCACAGCCGACCACAUGGCUGCCAGCCACGUCCCGUGGCCCUCUGCCCACCGAGCAGACCCAGGCCCUGUCCCGGCCACAGCUGGCCGCCCGCGCAGCCAAGGCUGCUCCCUGGGCCCCUCCACCCAGCAGGCUGACCAAGGCACUGUCCCUGGUGCACCUCGUCACGUGUCUGAGCAGGGCGCAGUCCCAGACCCAGCUGGUGACAGAUGCAACCCAGCGCAUCCAUGCGGCCCACCAGUCCACUGACCUCGGCAGCAAGGCCCAGUCCCACCCGCUGCUGACCGGACCCACAGCAUCCACCCCCUGCUGCCGGCACCCGGGGACUCUCAGCUCAGUGUCCCGUGUCAAGCCAGACCACAGACAGGGCAAGGCCACCCAAGGCCCCCGCCCCACGGCCCCAGAGCCGCAGGGUACACUGGUCUCUCUGGUGGCUGCCGCUGCUGCCACACAGCCCAGCUGCAAUGUGGAACCCUGGGGUGACGGCAAGACCACGCAGGCCCAGCCGCCAGCACCCAGCCAGGAGGAUGUGGCGGCCUCGCAGAUCACUGCCCUCUGCGUGGAGCUGGCCGCUGUGCUGGACUCCAGGGAAGAUCUGUGCACACUGCUGACCAAGGUCCUCUCUCAGGGAGAAGUGCAAGCCGCCUUGAACCAGGCCCUGUCCGAGGAGGGCCUGGGGGCCACCGUGGGCCAGGCCCCACCCCAGGGCAUGCUGGGAAUGGCCCUGGCGAAGGCUCUGUCCCGGGCCCAGCUGGCCGCCAUCCUCCCCAAGGCCACCUCAGAAGUCGCCAGCAGCAAGAUGCCGCUGCCUCUGGCUUCGGCGGAGGAGAUGGCGUGGGACCCCUGCCUGGGCUGCCCUGUGCGGCCGCAGUCCCGCAAGGGUACAGCUUGCUGGCGUCAAUCUGUGGGAGCCAAAGAGGGGAGUCCCGGUCUCCCUUGCCCCACCACGGGCAGAGGCCUGAGGCAGCCAUCCAAGCCCACUCAAGAAAACCUCAAAAGAGCUCAGCCCCCAAAUCCCAGACAAGCCUCCCCAGCAAUCGAUGAGGAGACCCCGAGUCCAUGGCAGGGUGCCACAGUGCCACAUGUCACAAGCGUCCACAAGGACUCGGUCGGUGCCAGUCUGUCCCCAGACGUCCACCCAGCAGGAAAAGGAUCCAGCCCAGGGUCUUGCUUCCUUCCUGCCCUCCUCCCAGGAGCCUCCGACCGGCCUGCUAGGGUCCCCCCUCGGUGAGUUGGUGGGCAGCGUGCCCAGUGUGUUGGCCCAGUGCACGACCCGGGUGACAGUGACUCACAGCUCGCCCAGCCUCUCCCCCGCGUCCAUGGGCAGCGUGGCCACUAUCGAGGUCCUGGACCACACUGGGGAGGGCAGCCGGGACGGGGAGCCCCACUUGGAGGCCCUGGUGUCUCGGGAGCCCGUGAGGCGGCCCCAGAACCCGAGGGACCCAGAAAAGACCACAGGAGCCACCCCGAGGUCCCUGAGCCUGCGUCUCCCCUGCCCACCCCGGAGGCCCCGAGCGCACACCUGGCCUGUGCCACACCUUGGUGUCCAGCUGCCUGGCCCUGGGCAUCCACUGGGACACAGAGGGGGAGGAGGGACAGAGCCCCGUGGAGGCGACUGAGAGAACGGCCCCAGGACUGUCUUUGGGCGCUGAGUUCCCCACCGUGGGCCUGCAGCCGUCUGUGGCCCCCAGGUUUUCUUGUCUCCCCUCUCAACCUUUGCUGACCAGCAGGGCAGCCUCAUGCCCAGGCCAGUCCUCUGGGCCAACUCCAAGCCUGUCCCAGCCGACUGUGUCCACCAGGUCACACCCCGGCCUGGGCCACCCGUCUAUGGGCAGCGGCAUGGGCCCAGGGUCACACCAGCCACCCGGAGUCUGCGGGAUAAACCCAAGCCUAUGGCCAGUGAGCUGUCCCCAGGCCUGAGCCAGCCCCUCUGUCCCGCAGGAUGGCCUGCAGAUGGGCCCGCCCAUUUCUGGGUACCAGGAUGGCCCCUUAUGCAUCCCAGCCACAUGUGGCCAAUCUGGGGUCCCCAAGCCUGGUCCGGUGACCCGUGGUCUGGGGGAGGUCACAGCUUCCCCGAGCCACCUUCCGUCUCUGAGCGGCUCCGAUCUGCCGGGCUCGAGGGUACACAGUGCCACACCUGCUCAGCAUCGCCCGUCCCUUCUGGUGCCUGCUGGCUCUGGCAGGUCCUACCCUGGGGUGGCCAGCCAGCCAGCGGGGCUGGGCCCUGGACCAGGCUCCUGUGGGGCACGGCAUGGGGCCGAGGGACGAUCCCCUCAUUGUGACCGGCGCAGCCCUAAACCCCCAGGACCCUGAGCUUGACGGGAUGUGGCCUGAGUUCCAUCAGCCCCCAGUAUCUGCGAGGGGCCAAGUGCAGCCGCUGUUCCAGCCCCCCCCCCGUCAGGUGUGCAUGGCCCUCGAGGAGGACCCCGGUCCACUCUGGGGACUUUGUAUGUCCCAUGACACUUGGCUCAAGGGGGUGGCUGCCAGCAUACCCCAGGGCCACAUGGCUGGUGGUGCAUUCCUGAGUCUGUCCCCGGGGGCUCCCCGAGCUGGCCUGGCUGGGGGCACCUCCUGGCCAUGCAAGGAUGUUUCUGUGAGCCGAUGUCCCAUGGCUGAUGGCACAGCUGCCAUGGCAUCCCAGGUCUUGGAGACUCCUGCUCCUGUGAUGCCCCGGGGACUUUCAGGGACCUCAGGGCUGGGCCAGGGCCUCUCUCCAGCUGUGGUGCCCCAGAGACCCAGGAGGAGCGAGGCCCAGCUGUCACCGGGUGACCUGGAGUCCAGUGUAUGUCCGGCCAGCGUCCCUUUUCCAGUGACUCUGGACCACCAGGCCCCUGACGUGGCCACCGCAGUCCCAUCCAGCUGCCAGUAUGCAGGUUUGUCUCUCAGCCCUGGGAUGAGCAUGGCCAGCGGUGGCCUUGUGCCGGGUUCUGCGGGCAGGAUGACCCUAGACACCGUGGUCCCAGACACUAGUGGCCUGGCUUUCAGUCUCCCCCCAGGGUCUGUCAUCAGAGGCAUGGCCCAGGGCCUCCCCCCCGGGGCCUGUGACGGAUAGUAUGUUCCAGUGUGGCCCAGGGUCUCCCCCGAUGCUCUAUGGUUGCCAGUAGGGUGGUCCCCAGGCAGGUGGCAGGAUCUGGCCCCAGGGGGAAGCCCUGUCUCUCUGAAGGACCCCUGGCUAGAUUUUCAGCCCCAAGGCUGCCCCCAGCUUUGCUGGGCCCACAGGGAUCCCUGGGUUCCAUGGCAAAGAGUGUGGGCUACAUCCCAUCGCCUGGGUCCCUGCUGGUAGGUCUCUCUCCCCACCCUUUCCACCGAGCCAGGGCUGGAGAGGAUCCUGCUGGCUCCUCCCAGGGCUCUGGUGCCACCAGCUUGGCUCAAGCUCAUCCUUGGGCCCCAGCUAUGAGUUACGCAGCCAGGGGGUGCCGAGUGCCCACAGCCCUGUCAAGGGGAUCAUGGUUUGCCCAGGACCCUGGGAGGAGGAUGUCUGGGGCCCCGGGUAGCCAGGCCAUGUUGAGGCCCAGAGCAGCACAGGAGAGUCUGUCCCAGGUACUGGGGUCCAGCAGGGAGCCCAGCCCAUCUGAGCUCCUCCAGGGCAUGGUGUGGAUGCAUCCCGGUCCCCUGGGAUGUGUGACCUCUUCAUAGAGGGGACGCUUCCCAAAGACCCAAUGUGACCGUUCAGGAAGGCGGCUCCCAGCCACGCCAGCCAUGUGGCCUCUGUCUCUGCCCAGGCCCUGAGUUUAGGCAGGCACCCCAUGGCCAGUGAUGCCACCCUGAUUCUCCAGCCAAAGUCAGUGAGCAGUUGGAAGCUGCCAGCUGGACCCCUGGUGUGCAGGCGGAGUCUAAGGUAGACAGGGCCACGUGUUGGCCCCUGGCUCCCGUGGGCCCUGAGGGUCUCUCAGCAUUUCCGCAUGAGUCCCUGGGGACAGUGGUGUCCAGCAGGCCUCACGAGGGCCCUGGCUGGCCCCAGGCUGUCUGCACCCAGAGUCUGUAGCCAGAAUAGGGAGCCCCAGGCUUUCCCGGAGGUCGGGAGCUGCUGGUGUGAUCUCCCAUGUCCCGGCGUAUCAGUCCUGGGCCAAACAGGCAACAGCUGCUCUCCUCCAGGGGGAAGCUGCCCCCAGAGGACCCCAGAAACCCACAUCCCAGAACCGGACCCCAAACAGCCCUGCUCAGUCCCCCAGCACGAGAAAACCCUGCAAGUCCCACCACGACAGCCUGGUCCCAGAGCUGCUAGAAGGGCCUGCAGCUGGGCUCCGGCCCUGGCCACGCACACAGACGCCCGGAUCUGGGGCUUCACCCUGCAGUCCCAGACUCGCCUCAGGCCUGACACCCAUGGGGGUGGCACAGGGCAGAAGCGUCCCUAGGCUGUCCCCGAGAGUUCUCAGGGUGCCUCUGGGCCAUGAGUCUUCACCGACUGCACCCGUGGCCCCUCUUUGACCAGCCCCCCAGUAUUUCAUGGGUCCCGUGGCUCACCACCGCAAGCUGUCCCUGACCCCAGGGACCCUCCAGGGCCAGCUACCCCAUCAUUUCAUGGGUCCCACUGUGAGCCACUGCAAGCUGUCCCUGACUCCUGGUGUCCCCCAGGGCCCCACGGACACCAGCCCAUGUGGUGGCCAGCCGUGGAACUCUGCUCUGCCCAGCAUGGCGAUCCGGCCCCUGGACGGCUCUGUGGCCCCCCACAAUGCAUGGCAGCCACCCAGGGGCCUGGGGCCAGGGGGCAGAGCAGGCCAGGCUGGGCCACUGGAGUUGACCACGUCGCUGGAGCACAUG